CAAUUUGCACAGUCAUCAGACAUCUAACAAGAAACCAUGACAUCCCUUAAGUUAUUCAGCGCGGUGGUGGCCCUUCUCGGGGUCGCAGCCCAAGUCCGGGGUCACGGCUAUAUGAAAGAACCCAUCUCUCGAACCUCGAUCCAUCAAAGGCCCGAGUUUGGGACCGAAAUGCCCUACUGGUGGGACCACCAGGGGGUGUGGUGCGGCAAUGUGAACCAGGACAUGCAGCUUUCCACGUGUGGGAGGUGUGGAGAUGUUCUCGGGGAAACGACGGCAAACCAGGGUGGGAUUUAUGACAAGGGAGUUAUCGUCGCAAACUAUUCGUCGGGCUCGAUAAUUGAAGUCACAGCGCACUUCGGGGCCCCACAUUUUGGCUCAUUUGAGAUCGAUAUUUGCCCCUAUGAGGAGGAAACGGACAUCUGCUUUUACAAACUUCCAAUUGUGGGAGGAACCGAGACUGUCCGGAUUGAUAACAGGAUUUGUGUCCCGCAUUGGGAGGAGGGAACCGAGGUCACGGCUCAGGUCCAACUCCCGGCUGGAGUGACCUGUAACAGGUGUACGCUCCGGUGGACGUACCGAACUUCGUAUCCCGGACCAGCGGACUGGGACGAUUGUCUGAAUCGAGACCCUGUCCAAGUUUUCAGAAACUGUGCCGAUAUCGCUAUUUACUGAGGAACUUCAAAAAUGGAAAGAAUCAAAUAAUUUCGAAUCAAUAAACACUUAUUAUUUAUGCAAAAUA